AACAGAAUCGAAUCUAGUUGCUGGUUCACAACAACUUUUCAAAAACUUUGAACCCCUAAAUCAACAAAUACUAAAAUCUACAAAAGUACCCAGACAUUGUGAGAAACAAAAAAAAAAAUUAAAUAAAAAUGAAGCUGUUAUUCGGAGUGCUGAUGACCACUUUGGCCCUUAGUGGAGUCUUUUCAUUGCCAGCUCGCAACGACCCGCAGGAUGAUGCGGAGGUGAUUAAAGUGCCCUCAAGGCCUCAGCCCGAGGAAUCGGAUUUCCAUAACUUCCGCGGCGUCAUCGAUACGGGCUCUGGUUAUCCCUUCCUCCAGCCAAAUCCUUCCAGCUUCAAUCUGGGCUUCUUCGGUUCCUUCGAUGAUCUCUUCCAUCGUCUGCGCACCCGUCUUUGGCCUGCGAUUGGCAGCGAUUCUGGUGAGGAUGGAGCUUCUCCCAAUGGCGACUCUGAUGAGUCCGGCAGUGGCAAUCCCUUCUCCUUCGCAGUGCGACCCUUGAUUCCCCUGGACUCCAAGAACGCCAACACCACCUCCACUGUUAAGGUGGUUGAUGGUCACAAGGUGGAGAUCAACGAAACGGUAUAUGGUGGUAACAACAGCGUUUUCAAGGUUCGUUUGGUGAACGUGCGUCCCUUGGAGAGUGGCGAGGAGGUGGCUCAGGGUGUGCACACCAGUGGUGGCGACUUUCAGCCUGCUGCUGCUCCCAGCACUUCUGCACCACCGAAGUCCACUAAGUUUGUGGAGGCUGAUGAGGAAGAUGAGGACGAUCGCCGCGAGCCGCUGGAAAAACAGCCCCAGGACAACGAGGUGCGUGACAUCGAUGAGCCCGAGACCACAACAACCAAGAGUUAUACCACACAACCUGACACCAGCUCACCCGCAGACUCCGAUUUCGAAGCAUCUGAUAUCAGUGAGGAAAUAGUGGAGACCCUCUCGGAAGAACAAAAGAAGACGAUGGAUCAGCUGAAGGAAAUGAUGGCAUCCGUGCAAGGGGAGAUUCAACAUCAAGAAGAUUUGGAGAAGGAUCAUCAGGAGGACAAGGAAUACCUAGAAAAUAAAGAGAAGAAGGAGCGCGAAGAAUUCGAUUCCUCAGACGAUGAAGAUGCCGAGGCCACUACUCCCGUCAUCAUGAGCGAAACCUUCAACGAUGAGUGGGCUGAAUUCGACCAGGAUCAAGAUCAAGAUCAAGAUCAUGACCAAGAAUUAGACUUUGGAAACGAUCUGAAUAACGAAAUCGAUAUCGAGGAAAACUUUGUGCCCGUUGACCUGUCCAACGACAUCGCUGUCAACGAUAUGGCUGCCGCAGAUCCCGAUUUCCCCCAUAAUCCCGAUGCCGAGUUCAUUGUGCACCCUUCUGUUGUCAGAACUAUGCCCAUGUUCGAAAAGCUUUCCUUAGCAGAGCCCUCGAAAUGAGGACCCUUUGUCCUUAUCUAGUCUAGGCAUUACCUUUAAUCUUAAGUAAGUAGUCUGUAACACUUCAUCGAGGAUAUCUCUGGGAGAUCCAAAGAAAUCGGCAUUCUCUUCAACCGUAACUUAUCGUAUUUAUUUUGAGAAUAGACAACGAGUAUUAGGUGUGCCUUGUUGCAUUGAAAAUUAUUUAUUUCUAUGUUAAAAUAAAAAUAUAAAAUACUUUAAAGUACUUUUCAAAAAUAAGUUCGCUUUAUUUUACACUACCUUCAAAAAUAUGUAUAAUAUCAUUUCAAAUGCCUUUGGUUAAAAAAUUUUAAUCGUACGAAGAAUAAAUACAACUUGAAGCUUU